AUGGUUAGCAGCACUAGGGAGGUCGACCCACAGAGCCUGCCAGCGGUGCAGCUGCAUGUGAUCGACCAUCCGGAUGGCCAGGGCCCCGCCCUGAUCAGCCGCAGCACCGCAGCGCAGCUGGGCAUCGCAGAUGGCAGCAGCCGGGGGUUCCUGACCCUCGCCUCUGGCAGCGACUGCGUGCUGGCCACGGCGGUGGUGCAGGAUGGCCGGGUGGCGCACGGGCAGGUUGCGGUGACGGCGGUACAGCAGUUCAACCUGCACUUAGGGGCCGGCAUCUCAGAUGACUUCAGGGUGUUUGUGCCGCCGGCCGGCGAGCCGUUUGAGCUGGUGGAUGUGGAGGGCGAGGUGUCGCAGCUGGGCAAGUCGGAGGAGGCGGUGGAUGCCCGGGCGCUGACCCGGGAGCUGCUGCGCCUGCACUUUGGCCUGGUGCUCGCCCUCAACGAGGCCUGCGUGCUCGAGGUGGGCGCCCGCCAGCUGCUGCUGCGCAUCACGGCCACAAACACGCUCGAUGCAGAGGCGCAGGAGGAAGCGGUCGCUUACCACUGCUACCGAGCGUCGGCGGCGGAAUCGCUGCCACAGAGCAUGGCCACUGUCCGCGGCAGCGUGGUCCUGCAGAACGCCAGGCAGCGCCCCGCCAGCGGCCCCUCCCUCAGCAGCGUCAGAGUGCUAACAAACGAUGGGGAGUGGUUCCCCGUGAAGCGCGCGCUGCUGCGGCCGUGCAUCGCGCUCACCAAGGCGGUGCGGUCAGAGGGGGAAAGCGUGCCCGAGGUGGCGGUGGAUGUGGACACCCUGAUCUUUGACAGGGUGCUCAUCUUUCUGGAGGCGCUGGCGCUGGGGCGCAAGCCCCCUGCCUUUGGCCUGCACCUCUGCUCCCAGCUGCUGGCGGCGGCGCAGCAUCUGGGCUUGCGUGCGCUGGAGGAGUAUUGCCAGGAGCGGCUGGGCGAGUGCAAAGACCGCCUGCGCUUCUUCAGCUUUGAGGAGGUCAAGCGGCUGAAUGCGGCGGGCGGGUGCUGGCUCAUCCUGGAUGGCAUGGUUCUGGAUGUCACGCGCUGGCUGCCUGAGCACCCGGGGGGCAGCACGAUCAUCCCCAGGCAGGCACUCAACCUGGACUGCAGUCGGUUCUUCGAGCUCUACCAUGCAUCCCGCGAGAGCUUUGUGUACAUCCGCCAAUUUUACCACGGGGAGAUUGCGCCAGAGGAUGUUGACCUGGUGCCUGCGCCAGAGGAGCCGGCCAGCCCUGAGUUCCUGCAGCAGCUGCGGGAGUUCACUCCCUGGCGCCUGCAGCCGGAGGUGGCCAGUCACCUGGGCAGCAGGCAGGCAGCGGAAAAGGCCUGA